GAUGCCGGGGAGCUUCGAUGAUAUUCUCUAAUAUUGGGAGUAUCGCAGAUGAGCAACACGUGAAUAGUGUCAGUAUAGGUAUGUCUACACUAAUGGGAAUAUAGGUAAAUAUUUGAUUAAAAAUAUGUUGUCCGAACGAUGAAGACCAGCGUCCGACCAGAUUAGAUUGGUGGGAAGUGAUCAACAUGUACUCCUACAAUAUAACAAAAGGUUAUAGAACUAUGUUUUAGUUGGAUUUUCACUUGCAUGAGUGUGAAUUAGUAUUUCUCCCUAGUUAUUUUGCAAGCGACGCCGUUUUGCCCUUCAGAGAGGAUCCUUGUCUUCUUCCUACGCCACCAAUGCCCACCGCCAUUCUCUGCCAUUACCUCUGUCCGUCGAAUCCCUAAUCGUAUCGCGGCCCAUUCUAUUACUGGUUUUUGAAAUAGCAACGACCCUCUCAUUUUAUCUCCAAAUCCCCAAUCGGUUGUUUCUUCCCUUUUCUCUGCUAUGUGAUGAAUUCUGAUAUAUAGAAUGAAAUCAUCACGAAGUAAUCCACCCAACAGCCACCAAACCAUAAUCCUCAAAUCUGCAAUCUGCUCUAGACUCCUACUUAUAGGGCUUAUCCUCCUCUGGCGCACUGUUCUUCAUCCCUAUGACACUUCCUCUCCCCUGAACCCUAAUUGCCUCUCUUCAAACUCCAUCACCCAUCAUCAUAAUCAUAACCAAAACAGUCUAUUGCCACAGCUUGGCUCUACAAUUGAGGACAGUAUUGUAUGGGAUAGUGUCUACUUUGUUCGAAUUGCUGAAUGUGGGUAUGAGUAUGAGCAGUCUUACGCCUUCUUGCCUCUGCUUCCCAUUUGUAUUUUUGUUUUGUCUCAUACAGUGUUCGCACCAUUAGUUCCUUUUAUUGGACUCAGGGCUGUCCUGGCAUUGGCCGGAUAUGCGGUUAAUAAUGUUGCAUUUGUGUUUGCAGCAAUUUAUCUUUAUAGGCUUUCAGCUAUUAUCUUGAACGAUCAUGAAGCAGCACUACGGGCUUCACUUUUGUUUUGCUUCAAUCCAGCUUCCAUAUUUUAUUCUUCAAUAUAUUCAGAUAGUUUAUAUUCUUUAUUCUCACUUGGAGGGUUGUAUCACUUAAUGUCUGGUUCAGAUAAUAUUGCUGUUCUGUGGUUUGCUCUCUCUGGUUGUGCAAGGUCUAAUGGAGUGCUUAAUGCUGGCUAUUUCUGUUUUCAGACAAUGCAUCAAGUUUAUCAUGAUUUGUUCUUAAAAAAAGAUGCUCGUUUGGCAGUAAAGGCUUUUAUCAUUGGAGCAUUACGUUGUAUAUGCACUUUUCUUCCCUUUAUUGCUUUUCAAGCAUAUGGCUACUACAAUAUUUGUCAUGGACAUGCCCCAGAGGAAAUGAGGCCUUGGUGCAAAUCCAAAAUACCUUUGCUGUACAAUUACAUUCAGAGUCAUUAUUGGAAAGUGGGUUUCUUGAGAUAUUUUCAGUUGAAGCAGUUGCCAAACUUUCUGCUUGCAUCCCCUAUACUGUCUUUGGCGAUUUGCUGCAUUCUCCACUAUGUAAGGUCACAACCAGAGAUUUUUUUCUCAUUGGGUUUUCGAGCUCCUAAUGGCCAAAAGAGGUCUAUAGAUUCAUUUUCUUCUCUAGAUACAGUUCCAGGACCAAACAUUGCCACCUCAAAGGAGACAUUCUCUACUAAAAUGCAAGAAUAUGAUAAUCUCAGGCAAAGGAGACAGAUGAUUGAAAGGGAUGAUUAUCUUGUUCUUCCCGAAGAACAUGAUUUAUUCCAGAAACCAGAAUGCUUUCAUGCCUUUGUCAUUCCAUGCAUUUUGCACUUGGGUUUCAUGGCAGCCACAGCAUUUCUCGUCAUGCAUGUGCAGGUUGCUACACGUUUCUUGUCUGCUAGUCCUCCCCUCUAUUGGUUUGCAUCCCAUAUUAUGUCUCAUGGUACGAAUAAGAGAUGGGGAUACAUGUUAUGGGCAUAUUCUACAGCUUACAUCUUUCUCGGCAGUAUGCUGUUUUCGAACUUCUAUCCUUUCACUUGAAAAUCCGUCAUCCAUAUCCUUUUGGGCGAUAUUAGAGUUUAUCUUCGUGAUGAGAUGAUUGCCAUUUUCCAAAGUGAAUCGACCGAUUGGAUACAAUCCAUGAAAUUGCCAUCACAUUCUCUAUUGUCUUGUAUUUUCACCAAUCAUUAAAAUGAAUGCUUUUACUGUUAAUGCAAUCUUGGAUUCACACUAGUUAUGCAUGUAUUUUUCUGCCUAACAAAGGCCCAAAAAAAAAAAAGAAAAUUUCAAUUCA